AUGGGUGACCAAUUCUGGUCUAAUAGCGAUGGGAGAGCUAUGGUGGAGUCUGUAUUGGGUAGUGAGGCUUGUGAGUUUUUAAUUUCCUCGGCUUCCAGAGCUUCGUCUGCGGAAUUGGCUACCGCACCCGGCAAUCUGCGCUUGCAGCAGGGUUUGCGCCAACUUCUGGAAGGCUCUGAGUGGAACUAUGUUAUCUUCUGGCAUGCCUGUGGUUUAAAAUCUGGUGGGUUUGUGCUGGCCUGGGGGGAUGGGAUUUGCCGCGAUCCGAAAAGCUGGGUUAUUCCUGGAGAAGAUAAAUCUGGUGGUGGUCAUUUGGAAGGAGGGGAGAAGAGGGAAGAGGUGAAUAAGCGUGUGCUUCAGAAGCUGCAUUCACUCUUUAGGACAACUGGUGAGGGUACUUACGUAGGUAGCUUGGGUGAGAUUUCUCAGGUCGAAAUGUUUUACCUCACAUCAAUGUACUUUCGAUUCUGGUCUGAUUCUGUAGUGGGUCAUGGUCCUCUGGAAUCAUAUAGGUCUGACAGAUCCAUCUGGGUUUCCGAUAGGGCUAAUUGUUUGAAACAUUAUCAGUUGAGAUCCCAUCUUGCUGGAGCUGCUGGGUUCCAGACAGUGGUGUUUGUACCAGUUAAAUCUGGCGUUUUAGAAAUUGGUUCAAUCAAGCAAACCCACGAGGAGUCUGGUCUUGUGAAGAAGGCAAGGACCAUACUUGGAAAAUGUAACGAGUCCUCCCACUUGAAGGCAUGUCCUAAGAUAUUUGGCCAUGAGUUAAGCCUAGGUGGUUCAAUGCCAAGGUCUAUGAGCAUCAGUUUUACUCCUAAGGUUGAAGAGGAAUUGGUUUUCAAUUCAGAGUCAUAUACAAUUCAACAGUUGAGUACAGGUCAAAUUUAUGGAAGUACAUCGAAUGGCUGCCCCGGCGAAAGCAGUGAGGCGAAAUUAUUUCCUCAUAUGAACCAAGUGCUUGUUCCUGCUAAAGGCGCUGAUUUCGUGAUCGCUGGAUCGGAGCAGGGCAAAGAUGACUUGUCACCUUUGGGUGAUGAGCCGAAGCCUAGAAAGAGAGGAAGGAAGCCUGCCAAUGGGAGAGAAGAGCCGUUGAAUCAUGUUGAAGCAGAGAGGCAGAGGAGGGAGAAGCUUAAUCAGAAGUUCUAUGCUCUCAGGGCUGUUGUUCCAAAUAUCUCUAAGAUGGAUAAAGCAUCUCUUCUUGGCGAUGCCAUUACCUAUAUCAAUGGCCUCCAUAUGAAGAUUAAGGUUAUGGAAGCUGAGGCAGGGAUGGGAAGCAACAAGCAUAGUAUGGUAAACCCAGAGAUCGAUUUCCAGCAGAGGCAGGAUGAUGCAAUCGUGAGGGUGAGUUCUUCUCUGGCUGAUCACCCUGUUGGUAGAAUCAUUGAAAAGUUCAGGGAACAUCAAGUUGCAGCCCAAGAAUGUAAUGUAUCCUCAUCCGAAGACGGUAGGAUUGUUCAUACAUUUUCAGUCCGGACUCAGAGCGGAGUUGCUGAGCAGCUAAAGCAGAAACUGGAAGGUGCCUUUUCCAAUGGGUAA